AUGGGCAAUGUCAUGGGCAAGAAGAAGCCUCUGAAGGAGGUUUUGCGUGAAAACAAGCGCAUGAUCAAUCGGGCCGUUCGAGAAUUGGACAGAGAAAAGCAGGGGCUGGAACGGGAAGAACAACGCUUGACGAUGGAAAUCAAAAAGGCCGCCAGAGCGAAUCAAAUGGCGUCCGUCAAGAUCAUGGCCAAGGACCUUGUCCGCACACGACAAUACAUUGCCAAAUUCAUUGAAAUGAGGAGUCACCUGCAAGGAACCGCCUUGAAAUUGCAGACAGUCAAGAGUCACCAAGCAAUGGCAGAGGCCAUGUCCAGCACAGCCCAGGCCAUGUACAAGAUGAACAAGGUGGUCAAUGUGUCCUCCAUUACCAAGAUGAUGGCCGAAUUUGAAAAGGAAAAUGCCAAGACAGAAAUGAUGCAAGAAAUAAUGGGAGACGCCAUUGACGAUGCUAUGCAAGACGACAACGCAGAAGAGGAGGAAGAUCGAAUUGUUGGACAAGUUCUGGAUGAAAUUGGCAUUUCCAUGGCAGAAGAGGUUCCCGAUGCUGCAGGACUUGGGUCGCUGGCAACUCCCACUGCAGCAACACCAGAAAAGGUCCCUGCAGCUGCCGCAGCAGUGGGUGGUGACGGCGGUGGUGGCGGCGGUGGCGAUUCCGCACUGAGCGACUUGGAAGCCCGAUUGAACAAUUUGAAACGAUAA